AUGAAGCAUCAGCUUUCUACUCCAUUGCCGUUUAUAGACAUAUCUUAUUUCAGGGCGCACAAGUUCAUUGCCAGAUUCUUCAAGCAACCUACUUUUUGUUCACAUUGUAAAGACUUCAUAUGGGGAUUGACCAAGCAAGGUUUUCAGUGCCAAGUUUGCUGUCUCGUCGUCCACAAACGCUGUCAUGAAUUUGUAAACUUCUCUUGUCCAGGUGCCGACAAAGGAGCGGAUACAGACGUUAGUACACUUUCAGUAAUUCAAACUGUUAUCGGACCCGCGUCAGCAACACAAAUGGAAAGUGCAAACAUAUUCAUCACCUACCUUCUGCGAGCAUUGCGGUUCACUACUUUAUGGAUUAAUUCAUCAGGUUGGUAG